AUGCUGGCAAGAUAUCUGAGCCUGGUUGGACGAAGAAGCGCUGCGCCGUACAGGCCUCAGCGACUACCGGCAAAGUUUGACAACGUCGUAGUGGCGAUGUCAUCUGGUGUAGAUUCUUCUGUAGCGGCAGCACUAUUUGCUGGAGAGUUUCCAAACACUCGAGGGAUAUACAUGCAAAAUUGGUCGGAGUCGCAAUCUUUGGAUGAUCCUAGUAAGGAACCAUGUUACGAGAAAGAUUGGAAGGAUGUAAACCGUGUGGCGGAACACUUGAAUAUCCCCGUAUCCAAAAUAAACUUCGAGCAAGACUAUUGGAUCGAUGUGUUUGAACCAAUGCUGAGAGGCUACAAUGAGGGAUCGACGCCUAAUCCAGAUAUUGGGUGCAACAAGUUCGUUAAGUUCGGUAAGUUACGAGAGUGGCUGGAUGAGAAGUAUGGAACCGAUAACUAUUGGCUUGUUACCGGCCACUACGCCCGAGUAAUGCAGGAAAUGGAAAGGAAACAACUAUUUCAUCUACUAAGAAGUGUUUACAGACCCAAGGAUCAAAGUUAUUACCUUUCCCAGAUCAAUUCCACCAUUUUACCAUCGCUGUUGCUACCCAUUGGCCAUCUCACAAAACCAGAAGUGCGAGAUUUAGCGAAGCAGGCGGGCCUCCCCACGGCAGCAAAGCCAGAUUCACAGGGAAUUUGCUUCGUUAACAACUCGCAGCAUGGUAAAUUCAAGAAUUUUCUAAAGCACUACCUGCCCAGUUCGCCGGGAAAUAUUAUCACCGUCGAUCCACAGUCCGGAGCCAAAACACGAUGGGGUGAACACGAUGGAUUGUGGUCCUAUACAAUAGGGCAGAAAGUCGGCAUAUCCAUGCCACAAGGUGACCCCAAUUACCAGGGGUCCUGGUUCGUCAGUGAGAAACUGAAGAACACCAACGAAAUCGUAAUCGUCCGCGGAAGAGAUAAUGCUGCAUUGUAUAAAGAUACGAUCCGCAUCGGAAACUUUGCGUCCAUGAGCCCCAAAGAGGACACCAUCGAAGCUUUGAGGGAUAUUGCAUCCCUGACAUUGCAAUUCAGAUCGCUACAAGUCCCGGUCAAGAUCAAAUCGUGCACUUUGCACGGCUUUGCACUGACCAACGCAGAGAACCUCGAUAUCACAAUAGAAUUAGCCUCGAAUCAACGUGCCAUGGCUCCAGGACAAUCCUGCUGUCUUUACAUUGGCGAUAGAGUGCUUGGCAGUGGGCCCAUAUCGCAGGUAGACGGUAGCAACACCCAUACACCUCACCAGAAAACCGCUGAAAAUCAUUUAUCACGGAGCGUUCCACUCGAUAAUCUCGACUAA